CCGCGCUUACCAUGGUCGAUCGUAACGAGGUGGCGAUGUCGCGUGUGCCAAUUUUGGUGAUUCUGGGGGCCACCGGGUCCGGAAAGUCGCGGCUGAGCAUCGAGCUGGCGCGCCGCUUCGCCGGGGAGAUCAUCUCGGCCGACAGCAUGCAGGUGUACAAAGGCCUGGACAUCGUUACCGCGAAGGUGACCCCGGCGGAAAGAAAGGCGGCGCCGCAUCACAUACUGGACAUCGUGGACCCGCUGACCAACUUCUCCGUAAUCGACUUCAGGGACACGGCCCUACCGAUCAUGGACAACCUGCUGGCCAGGAGGAAACUGCCGAUCGUCGUCGGUGGUACGAACUAUUACAUAGAGUCACUGCUAUGGAAGAUCCUUAUAACUGAUCCGAAAGAACCGUCGGCGCAAGUCGAUUCAGGCGCGACCAAUCCGAGCGCGUCGAUCGAGAACAGAUCGGACGAACGAUAUAACGUACAAGUCGAUCGGCUGAACGACGGCGACGAUGACGAUGACGAGACGGCGCCGAAGAAGUUGAAAUUCGACGCGAGAUUAUGCGACGAAGGUAACGAGGAGCUACACCGAAAACUGAUGGAGGUCGAUCCGGAGAUGGCGUGCAAAUUGCAUCCCAACGACAGGCGGAAAGUCAUAAGAUCCUUGGAGAUUUUUCACCAACACGGAAAGACGCAUUCGGAGCUUCUGAAAGCCCAACGCAACGCCGGUGGCUGCGGAUUAGGGGGACCACUGAGAUACCCGAACUCCAUUAUUCUGUGGCUGCGCUGCAAUAAGGUACGCUCGACGUGCAUGGCCGCGGCAUUUCUUUCGAUAGAUUAGACCUCGAUACGUCGGCGAUCGAUAUUACCUUACCGUCACGGGCAGAACGUAUGAUGUAUUAUCGAAAUAACGACGGGACUCUGUUGCCCUCUGUUUGUUGGGCUUACCCAUCGCGCUUCUCAGACCAUUACUUGUCGCAAUUUGUCUCUGCCAGUAUAUUUUAUUGCUUUUCGAUUCGUCUUCCCUUUGAGGGUAAAUUUCACAAUGGGCGUUUAGACAAAAUAGCCGUAACACUUGGUAAAUAAAAAGGACGAAUUAACGUGUAUUGAUUUUCGUGCAUAAUAUUACAUUAAUAGGUGACAUAGAAACCUAGAGACGCUGUUUCGCAUUUAUACGGACAGGUAAAAAAAUGUUAUCUGAAAAUAAUUUUGUUGGA